AGAGAUGAUACAAUUGUUGGUAUUCGUAGUGUACAUGGUUAUUGACAGAUUACAGACACCCAAUGAGAUGCGUACAAUGAUGUUCUUGCUCCAAGGCCCGGCCUAUGAUGAUGCCAAACUGUCCCCUUGCGAGUCAGUCCGUUCUCGACCCUCUCAUCCUCGUCCAGAGCUUCCAAAUGCUCUCGAACCCCAACCCCGACCCCCACUCACGCACAGAGGUUCACGUCCUCCACCCGACCAUAUCGCUCAUGAUCAUAAGCUCGUUCUCGUCCCUCGCCAAAUUGAGCGGAUGCACACGCUCAGUAGCGUGCGUCGCUCCACGCUGUACAUGCUGCGCACUACGCUGUACAGUCUCUCGUGCGAGCUGGUUCGAGACUGCACGGAGGGCGAUGAACCCGCUUGCUCCGCCUAGGAGCGCCUUUGCUAGUGCGAAAGGGAGUGACAUUGGUGAUUGAUAUUGCUGGAGAUUGAAGAUUGGAGAUUAGGUUGCUGGCUGAUGGCCCUGGAUGAUAGCAGGGCUCGACGUG